UGCACAUAAGCUGUCCACUCCACCAGCUCCCGGGCUUUUCUCCACAUCUCACUUCCCCCAGCCCUGGACCUCGGGCCGAGGAAAGCCACAGCAGCCACUCCCUGAGGACCACACCUCGGAGAAGAGCUGCAUCUCCCAGGUGGGGUUGCUCUGAGGCCUCUGCCGGGGAGGCAGGCCGGUAAGCUGAUCCCCAAGAGGGCGUGGCUCCAGGCGCUGGCAAAUAAAGAUCCAGAGAGCUGAGCCAUCCGGAGACGGGCGGAAGACCUGAGGAACCCAUUCGGAGAGCCACUCAGUGCCUGGGCCUCGGAAGUGGCACACAGUAAAGGACUGGCCCUCCCACCUGCACACUUGUCCAGAGACCGCUCUUUCAGAUCCCCAUGGCAUCCCCCCAAACGCUGCUCCUCUGCCUGCUGGUCCUGGCAGUGAUGGAAGGUUGGGGUCGCCAGGCACCCAUCCCAGGCUGCCACCUGCACCCCUUCAAUGUAACAGUGCGAAGUGACCGCCAAGGCACCUGCCAGGGCUCCCAUGUGGCACAGGCCUGUGUGGGCCACUGUGAGUCUAGCGCCUUCCCUUCCCGGUACUCCGUGCUGGUGGCCAGUGGCUAUCGACAUAAUGUGACCUCCGUCUCUCAGUGCUGUACCAUCAGUGGCCUGAGGAAGGUGAAGGUGCAGCUGCAGUGUGGGGGGGACCGGAGGGAGGAGCUGGAGAUCUUCACAGCCAGGACCUGCCAGUGUGACAUGUGUCGCCUCUCGCGCUACUAGCCCAUUCUCUCCCUUCUUCCUUCGCCUUGGUCAGAGGGUCUGAGCUGGAGUAUAUCCUCUAUAUCCUGAGCCUCCUUGAGGACAACAGGUCCAGCCAGCUCUCUUAAGAUUCUGUGAUUGUCACCUCGAGAGAAGAGGGCAAUUUCGGCCUCUCCCCUGCCUCGGCCUGGCCUCCUAACCAGUCUGUCAUCAUUUCACUCCGCUCUUUGUCCCUACCCCUAAAUAAAGCAA